AUGAGAAUCUUUGCUCCAAACGAGGUGGUUGCCAAGUCUCGUUACUGGUACUUCUUGCAAAAAUUGCACAAGGUCAAGAGAGCUUCCGGUGAAGUCGUCUCUGUCAACGAGAUCCACGAAGCUCACCCAACCAAGGUCAAGAACUUCAGCGUCUGGGUUAGAUACGACUCCAGAUCUGGUACCCACAACAUGUACAAGGAAAUUAGAGACGUCAGCAGAGUCGCCGCUGUCGAAACCCUUUACCAAGACAUGGCUGCCAGACACAGAGCUAGAUUUAGAUCUAUCCACAUCUUGAAGGUUGCCGAAAUUGAGAAGACCGCCGACGUCAAGAGACAAUACGUUAAGCAAUUCUUGACCAAGGACUUGAAGUUCCCAUUGCCACACAGAGUCGAAAAAUCUGCCAAGACUUUCGCUUACAAGAGACCAUCCACUUUCUACUAA